GAGUGAGAGAGAGGGAGAGGGAAGCGGUUGAGUGAGUCAGUGAUGGCGUACAGCAGCCAGGCCGAGCACAGCUGUUCUUCGAUCCCCUAACCUACGCCAGUUUAUUUCAACUACCAACACUACGUGGUCCUGAUCCGCGCGUCUCGUGCUCCGUCGAUACCUCGUCGAUAUCCGUCAGUCUUCCAUUUUUAUCGCUAUAUCGUCCUCGUUGUUCACGUUUCCUCGCCGUGAUUUUUUUCGUCGUCGUCUCUCCCGAAAACGACGAAACUUGUCCGCCGACGAGAAACAGAAGGAGAGAGAGGAAAAGGGGAGGGAGGGAGAAGACAAAGUGCGAACACAAAGCUACAAUCUUCGAUAAAAGGAAGGGGGUGGGGGGUGGCGGCAUUUUAUCGGCGUGAAACAGUGAAUCGAUUGUGAAACAGCGACGAGGCGCGGCGACGACGACACAGUGACGUUUCGAUCAUGCUCCGAAACGUGUCUCCCCCGAGGAGCCAUCGGCGCGAACGUUCCGCGAUGCUCGGCGUGGUGAAACGUUAACCUGGCUCUGUCAGUCAGGCCUCGUUAUCUUUGGCGGAGCGUUUUUUCCUCGACGGACGAGCCGCUUUGAACCAGCUCCUUCCGUCGCGCUCUUCGAUCUCGCUCGAGCGAGAAUAUAACGAAUCGAUCGUUCCAGAGCGCGCGAUUGUUCCUCCCCUGGGUAGUUACCAAGUCCGCGUGUUUCCAAGGCGAAUCGAAGUGAUGCGUGCCGGGUGAGGAGUACUCGAAAGGGAUUAAUUGAAAGGGGACCGAGGAUUUUUUUUUUUUUAACGAGCGCGGAUCGGCAACCGAAGAGGAUCGGUGGAUCUCGUUGGGGGAGGGGGACGAUGCUUGGUAAAUGUGGGAACGUGGCUGGUUUGGUAACGAAGAGAUCUGUUUAAAUAGAGAAUAAUUUUAGGAUUUGUGUUUUGGAAAGAAAUCCGAACUUCAGAGGCCUGCUGAAGCGAGGUGACAGACGAAAUCUCACUGAAGAAAGUUCGUAGUAUUUUUCGACAAAUUUAUCUGGGAAAUUCAAAUAUCGGAUACGUAUGAUAUAGAGAGGAACGCAAAAUCAAGCAACGACGAGUUUUCUCGGAAAUUUUUUACGGAAAAAAAAUCUCAAAGAGAGAGAAAGAGAGAAAGAGAGAGAGAGAGAGAAACGAAGAAGGCUGACUUCCCUUCUCCGUCUUUCGCCGCAAAAGGCGCGUCCGGUCGAUUUGCGAAACGAAUGGGAAAACGUGGGCAGCGUGCAACUAUAAAUGGAACCUGUAAAUGCCGAACGAUUGGCUGUGUCACGAGGAAAAUGACAGGAAAACGGAAUUUUCGAAAACUGAUAUCCUUCCUAGAAUCACUGUUAGAGCUGUAACUGAGUAUACGAGAUUAAGUAUAACACGGAAAGAUUGUUCCUUCGAUAAGAGAUAAGCCAAGUCUCGAAUCUUACAAAUUACACUUUUGAGUGUCUUCGAAAACUCGUCUAUACAAAAGACGCGCAGUAAUAUACUCAUAUUGAUCUUUGGUACAAAAGACGUGAAUUACAAGAAAAAAAAAAAGAGGAUCGUCCAGUUAUUUGUCUAUGCGAUAACUAUAACAAAAGACGCGUAAUAAUAUACUCAUAUUGAUCACUCGACGUACAAGACGAUUUACAAGAAAAAAAAAAAAAGAAGAAAGAAAGUUCCUGACAGCCUUUAUUCAGAAAAAAAGAGAGACAGUAUUUUGCAAGUGCGCAGCCACAUUCCUGACUCCAAGUCGCGAGAUUUCGCGACACGAUUCGCCGAUCGCCGUGAAUGGAAACCGGUCCGUCUCAGAAAUCGUAUCGUUCGGUCGUUGUUCGCGAAAAAGGAGAGAGAGAAAAAAAAAGAAGUGGCAGUCGCUCGCGCGACGACACAUUCCGCGAAUUCUCGAACGAUCGGCAUGCCAAUUAAGCAUCGGUAACCGCGUUUCCCUUUUUUUCCUUUUUUUCCCGAGCAACCAAGUGAGAGGUGUGCAACAAGUACGAAACGAAAACGAGCGACGAGUGAAAAAUAAUUGAAACGAGAAGGAGAGACCGGCAGAUCGAGGAGGAUAAAAAGGAGAUAAGGAGGAGCAGGAGGAGGAGGUUGUUGUUGGCGCAGCCGGGGAAUGGGGUACUGAUGAAAUGCCAGAGGGACAUUUUGAAAAUCUUUGUCUCGACGCAUGCGUGGCGACGCACUCGACGCCCGAUGGAGCGCGAUGAAGCUGCCCCUCGCUGGAUGAAGAAGGGUCGAGACCCGGAGAAGAGAAGUUCUCCGAUGGUGUUCGUCGACGUACCAGCCAGGACACACCGGGCGUCGCGACGCGUCAUUCCGCGAUCCUCUCCGUCUCCCCUCUGACCUCUCGACUCGAAAACUCUUUUUUUUCACUUCCUCGAGAUCGAAAACUCAUUAACCUGUCGGUAUCUCGCUUUCUCUCUGCCCGAUCGAGGCUCCCUCACCGACCAGCUGAUCGCCGAACUACGGCAACGGAAGGUGUAAAUAACCAGAAAGAGUAGAACAACACGGAGAAAGACAUUAUGCCGGGUGAAAAUAGGGGGAGAAGCUUGAGGCAAACGACUCCGUCUGGAGUGACGGAGACGACCACCCCUUUGUCGAAGGCGAGCGAGCUCGAGGUGAGAACACGCGGCGGCUCGAUGAUACCGCUUCCUCGUUGCGCGAUGCCGCAGAACCCGAAGACCGUCAAAACGGAGAAGAAUCGUCUGAGGCUGAUCAUGGAGAACAGCAGAGGACUGGCGGACACGUUGGCGAAGGAGCGGAGGAUCAACGUGGACGAGGACGAGGAAAACUAUCGAGUGUUCUCCGUGAAGGAACUGGCCACGCCGCGAUACUGCGACCUAUCCUGCAACGUGUAUCGAUGCCCUGUGCGAAAGGAGGACUGUCAAAAGCGAGCGGAAAGAUUGCUGUCGGAGGAGUGCCGCGUGUCACACGGGGCGAUAGGCGUCGGCGUGGAAGGUGUCGGCUCGUGGAGGGCUCAGCGGCGCCCCCGCGACAUCGAGGUAUCUACGCCCCUGGCCGGCGUCGCGGCGCACGAGCUGGAGUCGUCGGUGGACGGCGCAGCGUUCAACCCUGUCGCCGCAGCGGCGACCACGUCCGCGAGAUGCUCGCUGGUGAAGGCCGCUCUGAAAACGUCGCCGCCGCCGCCGCCGUUGUCGUCGUCGUCGUCGUCGUCGUCCUCCUCCGCUUCACCGCCCGUCAAUGUCCACUCCAGGCCAAGGUUGUACCUGGGCCCCGUGAUCUCUGAGACCAGCAAGGAGGAUGCCAUGGAGCCGGAAGUGAAGGAGGAGGACGAACGGAGGUCGUCCACGCCGAGCCCCGAGCAGAUCUAUACGAGAAGGAAUAAACGCUACAAUGAGGGUGGAAGCAGCGAGGAAGACAGCAAACCGGACGCAUCUCUGCACGGCCACAGAUUACCAUCUUCUUAUCGGGGGACUUGGCCCAUCAGAAGAGACGUAUGGGCCAAUCAACAAAUGGGCUUUUCCACCCAGCAGAGCACAUCAACUACUGUACAUAAUGACGUAGCCAGCGUGAUGAGCUUCUCCUCGAAUUCGGGCGGGGCUCUCGGCUGUUCCACGGAGAUGCAAGGCGAUCGAAGGCUAGGAGCGAAAGUGGACGUGGUGUACAAUCUAUUGGGAAUGCUCGGCAGCACGGAAGGCCGGGAAGACAUGAGCGCGACGCUGCUCUCGAUGAGCAGUUCGAUAGACAACUGCCUAAUAAUGAGGCAGUCGGGAUGCCUGCCGCUGUUGGUGCAGCUGAUCCACGCACCAGGGCAAGAUCCGGAAACCAGAGAGAAAGCGUCCCGCGCUCUGCACAAUAUAGUAUACGCGAAAAGCGACGAGAGGGCCGGGCGUCGAGAGGCGAGGGUCCUCCGGUUCCUCGAGCAAUUACGGGACUAUUGUCAGGCUCUGAGGACGUCUCUGGAAACGGGGCAAGUUCCCGACGACCUGGAGAGGCAUCCUGGACCGACGAUAGCCGCGUUGAUGAAGCUUUCGUUCGACGAGGCCCAUCGUCACGCCAUGUGCCAGCUUGGCGGGCUUCACGCGGUCGCGGAAUUGAUCGAGAUGGAUCACAUGGCUCAUGGGAGCGAGUGCGACGAUCAGAACUGCAUCACCUUGCGCAGAUAUGCCGGAAUGGCGUUGACGAACCUGACGUUCGGCGACGGGAACAACAAGGCGUUGCUCUGCUCCUUUCGGGAGUUCAUGAAGGCUCUGGUCUCCCAGUUGAGGAGCCCGAGCGACGACCUCAGACAGGUGACGGCGUCUGUACUGAGGAAUCUGUCGUGGCGGGCUGACACCAGCAGCAAACAGACUUUGAGGGAAGUAGGGGCGGUGACCGGUUUGAUGAAGGCCGCGAUGGAGGGCAGAAAGGAAUCAACGCUCAAGUCGAUACUCUCGGCGCUUUGGAACUUGUCGGCGCACUGUAGCACGAACAAAGUAGACAUUUGCGCCGUGGACGGUGCGCUGGCGUUCCUCGUCGACAUGCUGAGCUACAAAGCACCGUCCAAAACCUUGGCCAUUGUGGAGAACGCCGGUGGCAUAUUGAGAAACGUGUCCAGCCACAUUGCCGUCAGGGAGGAUUAUCGAGCCAUCGUGCGAGAAAGAGGAUGUUUGCAAGUGUUGUUGCAGCAACUGCGAUCGCCCAGUUUAACCGUCGUCAGCAACGCUUGCGGGGCUCUGUGGAACCUCUCUGCCCGGUGUCCUCAAGAUCAGCGCCUGUUGUGGGACCUCGGCGCCGUUCCGAUGCUUCGCAGUUUAAUUCACUCGAAGCACAAAAUGAUCUCGAUGGGUUCGAGCGCUGCGUUGAAGAAUUUGCUGAGCGCCAGGCCGGGCUGUAACAAUCUCGUCCAUCUAGAUUCGACGGCGCGCGGUCUGGGCCUUCCGACGCUACCAACUUUGGUUGCCCGCAGGCAGAGAGCCCUGGAGCAAGAGAUAGAUCAAAACUUGGCGGAAACGUGCGACAACAUCGAGCCGAGCACGUCCCCGACCAACAAAGACGACAAGUUCUCGUUCAAAGUGGAGCACAGCUUCUUAGGGAUCAACGCGACGCGCACUUUGCGCUCUUAUCAGCUGCACAAUCAGCCUGGCACGUCCAAUAACCUGGCGAAAUGCAACGGAGUGGCCAGAAGCGAAAGUCGAGACUCGAUGCGCUCCGUGACGAGCACCCACUCCGACACCAUGUUCGAAAGAGUGAAUCGACACGUGUUAAACGGUCUCUCACCCACCGACGUUCAAAUGAAACAGCAGUCCUCGUCGCUGCACUCCGCGGUCGGUUUCGACAGCGGGAUGUCCAGCAGCGACGUUCACUCGAGGACCUCGUCGGAGAAGAAGUACACGUUACGCUACAAGAACGCGAUACCGGAUCGUUUGAAGCCGUCAGACGGUUUCAACGGCGGUCUCGGCGAUCUUAGAUGCACCAACUCCACCAUAUCCUGGUCCUCGGCGCCGGAUCAAGAGUCCGCCUGUUCGCAGAAUUUGUUGCACUCUUCGGUGGAGGACAACUUGCCACAGGGAGUCGCGUCCGCGCUCAAGACCGGCAGCCAAUCGAGCGUCACCGAGGAAACGGAGCUGAACGUCCGCGCAAGAACCGCGAACACAGGGAUAGAAACCUCGACCUCGUUGUCGUUCGCAGUCAACAACAGCUCUCCCGUGAAGGAUACCAUCAGCUACGGGAACGUCUACGACAAGACCGGCGUUCUGCACCAGCACAACUCGCUGAACACCAUCCAACAGGCUAUCUCGCCGACGAUCGCUCAUCGAACAGAGGGGAAUUUGUUCAGCGAUUACGCCGAGACCGAUUUGGAUCAACCGACCGACUACAGCCUGCGCUACGCCGAACGAAGCCUCGAAGACGAGGAGAAACCACACUCCCAUUACUUCCCGAGCAACGAUCAAGAGCUCAUUCACGAGGACACGGUGAAAACUUAUUGCACGGAAGGGACGCCUCACGGCACGUCUUUAAAUUCGUCUAGAGCGGCAUCGGCGUCCGAUCUGCAAGAGGACAGUCGACAGAGGAGUUUGUUGAAGAGGAUUCAAGAGCAGGGUAAACUACAGGACAAGGAGGAAUUGACUCUGGAAUGUACGAACGACGUUUCGAACGACAAGGCGGGAAAUCAGCCGUUGCGUUACUUCGAAACGAACAUCAAGGACAGUAACGUCGAGGAAGAUAAUCGCGCUUCUGUGAAAACUCCAUUAAGCUUAAGAGCAACAUUGACACAAGUGCCCUCGAGCAACUUACAAUACGACGAGAGUGACAAUAUAGCGUCCAAUUCUACAAAAAAUAAGCCAGAUAUGCAAAAAAAAUAUGACACUCAUGACCACAAAUUCGAUAAAAAUUAUCCCAACAACGGAGUUAAUUCGUACGUGGCCAAUGCAUUGAAGGCUUCCAAUGAUUCAGGAUAUCAAGUCAGUGAUGGUGAUGAGGACGAUGAAGAUUUGCUUACAGCUUGUAUUAACAUUGGAAUGCAAAACAAUAGGCACAGGCAUUCGUUUAUAGGGAAUAAUUUCGAGAAAGUCUCGCGAAAUGAAAGUAAUCUCGCCAGAUAUCAAACGAGCGUUGCAUUAGAUCAAAUGGAAUGUAAUUCGUCAAUCGAUUCUACCAUGAACAGUCUUGAUACGAAACGAUCGGGAUCCGAAGAAAUAAUAAACCCCGACAUUUGUACAGAUAACAAUGUCAAUGAUAAUUCAUCAAACAUGAAUAUCGUCUCAGAUAGCAAUCAAAGUCUGGACAAAUUUAUGCAAAAGAUGGUGGAAACUAGAAUUCCAAUGCAACCAUCGAAUCAAGAUCUGCAGAAUGAGUUGGACAAGGUGACAAACACGGAGCACAAUUCGAUAUUAGGCGACGAUAAUCUGUACUUGAGAAACAGCCCGAUACUACACGAAACGGUAGUGUUCAACACAGAACCUACUCAGCAACAAUACCUGUCCAGUAUCGAUACACAGUCGAACGAGGACAUGUCGUCUUUGAUUCACAACGAUCUCAUCGACAACGAUCAAAACAUAGACGACGAUUGCGUUAAAUGGGAAAGUGAGAGAACGUCGGAGAACUCGAGAGGCAAGCCGACCGAGAAUUCGCCCAUGCAACAAUCUUACGCCAAAGACUCGGAGAGCAGCGAAUCGAUCGAUUCCGUUGAACAGUCUGAACACGCGCUUCUAGAACUCUGCAUACAGCCUGGACUGACGAAAGCCAUGGACGAUAUUCAGCUGACUAAUACUUCGGGUUCGAGUCGAGCCGACGAUGAAUUUGGAGACCGACAGAUCGGCAGUUCGAACGACAGCAAAAAAGCGUACAGCGACACGUGCGAGGUCGACGGCGUUAGAAAAGAGGAGGUCGACUCCAAGUACAAACAGAAGCUCGCAGACUCGGCGAAACACGUGGAGAAGGAAGACGUGUAUCGUCGUCAAAGAGAUCCGGACGCCAUGAUCGCCUCGUUGGAUCGAUUGACCGCGACUCUCGUGCAACAAACGGAGGCGAUUCGCGAACGAGACUCGAGCACGAUGAAACAGAGCAUACUGAGCGACACGUGGAACGAGGAUACUCCGAACGACAUCUCUUUUCCAAGCAUCAGCAUAAGCGCGCCGAUCAUCGGCUCGUUUAAGAGCGACGUGCCAGAGGAACCGGGGACAGUCACCUCGGAGUGUUACGAGACGGCGAGCAGCGAGAGCGGGCACAUGACCAGCUCGAGAAUCAUUCAGAGGGAGGCGAUUAAGCUGGCCGAGGCGGUGGACGCGGAGAUGAACAGACAGAACGAGCUGGAGGCGACUAGCAUAACGUCCAUGGAUUUGGAAGCGAUCAAGCCUCCCUCCUCGAUGGGAAGCUUGCUGUCGUUGACAGCCAGCUACGCCGGCUCGGGUGACUGCAGCGAGUCGUUCGUCAAUCGGGACAGGUGUAAUUCCGCGUCCUUGCCUCCGGCUCAGGUGAAGAAUCAGGUAUCGUCGUCGGAGUCACGAAGCUGUCGCAAGAAGUCCCUCCCUUUGGGCGUCGUUGCUAAGAGGGCUCUCAGCCAGACACAGAGCCACGCUGGCAGUUUGGAGAAUUUGUUGAACGAGUGCACCGGCUCCCACUUGGAAAGCGUGAAACCACCGUCGAUGAUGGACGAACUGCCGGACGUCGGCGACAUGGAGAACAGCAUGCUGAGCGUGGCGAGCAUCACGUCGGAAGUGGCAGACUCCAAGUAUCAGGACACGCAGAACCUGAGCGGAAGCGACGCCGUCUUCGACCUGCUGAAACCGGUCGCCAACGUGCUGUCCAUGACGUGCAUGCGUUACGCCGAGGCGAUGCAGAACAGCGCGAACAACAGCAUGAGCGAGUGCCUGGAGAACAUCAAUCCGCCCUCGUUGUUCAACGAAGUGUGCGAGAUGGACGAGUCGACGAUGGAACAGGCUACGGAGACGAUAUGCAGCGACACGUUGUGCAUCGACGCUGAACUGCACACCGAAGAAGCACCGCAUCCUGUCACGAUAGACAGGAUCGACGAGGCAGGCGACACCGACGAGGCAGUCACUCCGAUCUCGUCGGAAUACUGCGUCACUAGCUCGGCAGAGUCCACGCCGAGGAAACGACUGCACAGAAAUCUAACGCCGAAGCAGAAGAGAACUAUGGCGAAGGAAAGAUACAAGACGUACACCAUAGCUGGGGAGCUCGACAAGAAGGAGGAGGAACAACAGCGUAAAGAGAACGUCGUUGAGGAGAAAAUCGCGCGAGGAAAGAUCUCGCCGUUCUCCAAGUUAACGCCCAAACAACGUAGACAGGAGGACAGAGCCAGGUUCCAAACGCAGGUAUUGGAAAAUCCCUUCCCCGACACGAAUCACGAUCAAACUAAUCAACAGGACAAUGUUAACGCUGCUUGCGAGCAAGAGAACUCCGAGAAGCCUGCCCCCGGAGCGAUAUCCCCGGUGAAAUCCGCCAUCCCGACGUUGACGAAAUUGUCCGCCUGCAAGACGUUGAUCAAGAAGCGCGCCGAGCAGAAGAAGAACAGGGAAAGAUAUCGCACGAGAACGCUGAACGAUUCGGAGCGAAUAUUCCGAGAUUCGGAGGGGAAUUGCGCGGACUCGACGCGCAACAUCGAGCCGGAUGAGAUUCAAACGAUGCUCGAGCAGAACGCGACCAUCGUUUUGAACACGUUGAACGAGUCGAACAAGGCGAGUGAAACUGGCGAUGACGGGUUGCUCGAUUGCGAGACCAUCAGCUUAGUGUCGAACGAGUCAGAGUCGGAGCGGAACUUGCGGAUGCGAUUCGUCAACGGCGUUUCGAAGAAGCUGAUAGGCUCGUGCGCUGAGCAGAUGAACGGCGCGCGAGAGCCAGAAGAGACGACGGAGAUCGAAGAGGUCGGGUUGUUGCAGGAAGACACGAGGUACAACGAGAACGUUGAAACUGAGAGCGAGGACGAGUCGAAUAACACCGAAGGGCCACCCAGGGAAACGAAGAGGCCGCGAAUAAUCAAACCGGGAAUGGUGAGAGAUCCCAGCAACGACUCCAACGCCACGGACAAGUCGGACCCGGAGAGUCCAAAGGCUAUUCGAGGCAGGAGAAAAGCCCUCUACUCGAACCCGAUUACGCGAAAGCCGACGCCGCAGUCGUCGCCGUUGAAACAGGCGAACUCCGUCAGUGGAAUUCCCAUAGGCCGUAGCAACACCUCGCCGAUCGUGAGAGCAACCAGAGCUACCACUCUCAGACAAAAUAAUAACAACAACAGUCCGAGCGUCGGAACGAAAGAGCCAGCAAAGUCAAAGGCGAUCGCUCCUAGCUCGACAGACGACAAGAGAACGAAGAUAUCAGUGGCGGCGAAGAGAGCGUCGGUCCCUCAAAAGGGAUCGUCGUUCACGUUCACGAAAUCGGUGAAAAGACACAGCACGCCACCGACCUGCUCUUCCUCGAAUUACCAGCAAGAGACGAAGACAGACGUGACGGUGAAGCCGUUGGAACGGCAAGGCACGUUCACCAAAGACGAGCCGGAAGUGGAGAACGCGCCCACGGUGGUGUCCUCGUCCUCCUCCCCGAUAAAAACGAAAAUCGCAAAGCCGAUCAGAGGCGCGACGUCCAAGGUGCAUCCGACGACCGUUAAGCCGAAGAUCUCGCCGAAAACGCACCAGGCGCACCAAUCAAAAUCGUCGUCGAAGGCUAAUCCUUCGGAGAAGAUUCAACCGUCGAAAGCAACGUUGCCGUUGCUCGUCGCUCCGAAACGACUGCCCACGGGAAAGGUGGCCGCAACGCCGAAAAUCUCGACAGCCAACAAUCAAAACGUUCUUCCCGCGCAAGCGGAGAGCGGCAAAACGUUUCGAAAGGUAGGUCCCCUCGGUCAGAGAUCCAACAGCAAUUCCAGCAUCGUGUCGAACUCGUCGACGAGCAUGCAGACGAGAAAGUUGGCGAAGGAAGCGACCAGCAAGAUCGCAAGCCUCUGGAAGAAGGUGGAGGAGAGCAAGAACAGGCAACGUUUCGAGAAACCAGACACCAGGCAGUGGUUACAGCCUGGCAACUGUGCCAACGACGUGGACGCUUCUCCGUCUCCCGCGUGCGAUCCCCGCUUCAGAUUGUUUCGCAGCUCGACGUUCGAAGGGAUGCCCCAGGAGAAUGAUCAUCCGGAGUCGGCUCUGUACAAAUCAAAGUUGAAAAGGCCGUUGGUAAUGGGCGUGCAGCCGAGCAAAGCGAAAUACAGAAACUCGUGCGACCUGAGCGGAAUGAACGCGAACGACGCCCCUUGCAAGAUCCCUGUGAAGUCUGGCGAGGCGUCGUCGCACAAGAGGGACACCGUGGACGUGGGUGAUACCACCUCGGUCGUGUUGCGAAAAUCGCAGAACACCGAGACCUCCGCGACCGAGGUGGACCCCACGAAACGAAUAUCGCGCCUUGGCUCCUUCAUAAGAGUAGACCCAGCGAACGCCGAAGGCUCCGCGCAGGGCUACGUUAAUGGGGUCGGUGUGCGUACACCCGCGUCCGCCAUUGUACCGCCCUUCAAUUACAACCCGAAGCAAGACGUCCCCUCGCAGAUAGCUAAAGUAACGCCGGACGAAACCGAAAGCAAAUUCAAAGUGGCGACGGAUUGUCACAGCGACAUAGUCACAGGUUCCACGAGAGUGACAACGGUAUAGGGAGAGCCUGUUCUGAAGUAAACAGCUAUCCUUUCGUAGUAUCGCUUUUCUGUUUCAGGCUAGUCAUUGUACAUUUGCUUUACUUGCCGCGUUGAUCGUAAAUCGACGCGCAUUACGUAUUACGAGUACUGCUCGAUAAGUAAGUUAAAGGUUUCUCUCAUACCUCGUGCAUCGUUUCGAGGACACGGAAAAUCUUCAUGGUAUCUCAUUAAUUUUUACACAAGACAGGAAGAGUAAUUAACGUUUGAGUAAUUUUUUUUUUCUUCUUCUCUUCGUUGCACGUGCAUUGGCAGUGCAGUUUUUAUUAUCUCCCCCGAGUUUUUUAAAGAGGUAUAUUAAUUGAAAUGUGACAUAGCCGAAAAUCCUGAUAUAUCAUUCCUAUUCACUUUACGUGUUGUAUAUACAUAUAUUGAGAAAUUCCAUGAUUAUACGAUGAAAAUUAAAAAUCGGUAGUACGUAGCAGUAAUUAUUGCUCGAUUAUUUAUUCAAUUUUGUAUAUAUUGAACGUCGAUGAAGAAUGUAGAAAGUUUAGUGAAUACGUAUUACGACUCGUGAUGUAUAUCGCAGAAAUGGUAUCGCUAUACAUCUUCGUAAUAGAUAAAUUCGCAAGGAAUGAGAUCUGUAUUUUGUUUCCAUCGUAAGCUGAUUUGUAUCCUUUUAAAGCGAAUACAAAGUCUAAUUACUUUUUUAAAGACUGAUAGAAACACGAUGAAGAUUCGGACGCAACUUGGACAUUUUCAGCGCAGCAGAAUGUUACGAUAGAAAAAAAAAGAACAGAAAAAAAACGGUAGUGAUGUUUAUAUCGAUCGUAGCGGUCUAAGUAACGCUAAACUGGCAUUACAUGGUGAAGAGACAAAAUUUUGUAAACCUUUACUUUAAGUUUCUAGUCUAUUUGAAAAUCUACAAUUAAAAUAGCUUCUAUUUUGGUCAUAUAUGUAUUACAUAAAAAAAGGAAAAUCAGAUUUGCAUGUGUCUACUGAUUCGACUGUUACCCUUUCUAAAAUACAUGUAGGUACAAUUAAGAGUGUGUACGGAUCAAUUAUGUAUUUAUAGGUCGGAAAGUUUGAGAGGCAUUGGCAUGGCACGUUUAAUAAUUUUACUCUCAUACAUUCUCAUUUUUGUUCGUCGGUUUUUACUGAGAAAUUUGCUAUAUACUUGAAUUGUUUAAUGCGUAUGCGAUACUUUAAGUUUUCUCCUAUGCCGCGUCAUCUUUCCUUCUAUGUACGCUGGAUCGAUCUAAAAAUCUCAUUAGAAGGAAACUGUUUGACACGAUAUAGAACAGAUUUUACUGUUCAUUGUUUACGUAUUUAUUACACGCAUCUUGUACCCUGUUCCAGUUCGAGUUAAUUAGAUUUAACCCUUCCAACUUGGAACCAUAUCGGGGUAGCUUUACGUUUCUUUCUUUAUACAAGAUUUGGUCUGUACACCGGAAUUCCUUUUCAGGGUUCUUUUGUAAUUUUCAUCUUUUACUUAGAUCUUAUGUAAUAAUUCGUCUUUUUGUUAUAUUGUAUUUUAGAUUCGGCAGAUAUCUUAAUAAUUUGUAUAUUAAGAACAAUAAAAUUUAUAGCUACUAAUGUCUAUUUUAUUUCGGUCGUAGCAAAAUAUAACAUUUUAAACUGUAUAAUAUAUACAUAUAUAUAUAAAAUAAUACACAGUUAUUCAUAAUUAUAAAAAUUUAUUUAUCAUACAAUGGACAUUCAUAAAGAUUAAUGGAUUUGUCUUCAGAUACUGAUGCAAUUAUGUUAUUCCUUUGUGGAUUGUACUUUACAGCCCAUACCUAGAAAAACAAAGUAUUUAAAUUUACAACAAAAAAUCCUAUAAAUGGUAUUGAUGUAACAUCUUACCUGAUCGUUGUGUUCGUUAAAUGUAUGUAAACAUUGUCUUUGAGCUAGGUCCCACACUUUAACUGUAUGAUCCGAACUACUAGAUGCAAAUUGUUGACCAUUUGGAGAAAAAGCAACACCAAGUACCCACGAAGCAUGACCUGACAUAGUUCCUGCUACAUUAGGAUCUUUCCUAAAUG